AUUUCUCCUCGCGAGAGCGGGCGAGGCUUCCGGUGUUGUGACUGCGGGGCCGUAAACAUGGCCGUGAGUCUCCGCGCCCGCUCGCUGAGACACCUCCGCAUCCGAGGUCGGAACGACAGCGGCGAGGAGAACGUCCCCCUCGAUCUCAGCCGAGAACCCUGUGAUAAUAUGAGAGAGAUUCUCCAAAAUGUGGCAAAAUUACAAGGUGUUUCAAAUAUGAGAAAACUAGGUCAUUUGAAUAAUUUUACUAAGCUUCUUUGUAAUACUGGCCAUGCUGAAGAAAAGCUAGGUUUUACGUAUGACAGCAUCAUAAUAUGUCUGCGGUUAGCUUUACUAAAUGAAGCAAAAGAGGUACGAGCAGCAGGAUUGCGAGCCCUCCGCUAUCUCAUUCGAGACUCCAGUAUUCUCCAGAAGGUGCUAAAAUUGAAAGUGGAUUACUUGAUAGCCAGGUGUAUUGACAUACAGCAGAGUAAUGAAGUAGAAAGAACACAAGCACUUCGAUUAGUCAGAAAGAUGAUCACUGUGAAUGCUUCACUAUUUCCCAGUUCUAUUACUAAUUCUUUGAUAGCGGUUGGAAACGAUGGUCUUCAAGAAAGAGAUAGAAUGGUUCGAGCAUGUAUAGCCAUUAUCUGUGAACUAGCACUUCAGAAUCCCGAGGUGGUGGCUCUUCGGGGUGGUUUAAGUACCAUCUUGAAAAAUGUGAUCGAUUGUCAGCUAAGCCGAAUAAAUGAAGCUCUUAUAACUACAGUUUUGCACCUCAUUAAUCAUCCAAAGACCCGACAGUAUGUUCGAGCAGAUGUAGAAUUAGAGCGAAUUUUAGCUCCUUACACAGAUUUUCACUACAGGCAUAAUCCAGACACAGCAGAAGGACAAGUCAAGGAGGACAGAGAAGCACGGUUCCUAGCUAGUAAAAUGGGAAUAGUGGCAGCAUUUAGAUCAUGGGCAGGUAUUAUCAGCCUGUGCAAACCUGGAAAUUCUGGGAUCCAGUCUCUUAUUGGGGUACUCUGUAUACCAAAUAUGGAAAUACGGCGAGGUUUGCUUGAAGUUCUCUAUGAUAUAUUUCGCCUUCCUCUUCCUGUUAUGGCAGAAGAAUUUAUUGAGGCGCUUCUCAGUGUAGAUCCAAGCAGGUUUCAGGACUGCUGGAGACUUUCUGAUGGCUUUGUAGCUGCUGAAGCUAAAACUAUAUUACCCCAUCGAGCCAGGUCAAGACCGGAUCUCAUGGAUAACUAUUUGGCUUUAGUGCUUUCAGCUUUUAUUAGCAAUGGACUACUUGAGGGUCUAGUUGAAGUGAUUACAAGUAGUGAUGACCAUGUAUCUGUUAGAGCAACUAUCCUUUUAGGAGAACUUCUGCACAUGGCAAACACAAUUCUUCCUCAUUCUCACAGCCAUCACCUUCACUGCUUACCAACGCUAAUGAAUAUGGCAGCAUCUUUUGACAUCAUGAAAGAGAAAAGACUACGAGCAAGUGCUGCACUCAACUGCUUGAAACGUUUUCAUGAGAUGAAGAAAAGAGGACCUAAACCUUACAGCCUCCAUUUAGAUCACAUUAUACAGAAAGCAAUCUCAACACACCAAAAAAGGGAUCAGUAUCGUGUGCAGAAAGACAUCUUUAUUUUAAAGGAUACAGAAGAAGCACUUGUAAUGAAUCUUCGAGACAGCCAAGUUCUUAAUCAUAAAGAGAACCUUGACUGGAAUUGGAAUCUAAUAGGUACCAUACUGAAGUGGCCAAAUGUAAAUCUAAGGAACUAUAAAGAUGAACAAUUGCACAGGUUUGUAAGGAGAUUGCUGUAUUUUUACAAGCCUAGCAGUAAACUCUAUGCCAACUUGGAUCUGGACUAUGCCAAGGCUAAGCAGCUCACAGUGGUGGGUUGUCAGUUUACUGAAUUUCUUCUUGAAUCAGAAGAGGAUGGACAAGGUUACCUGGAAGAAUUGGUUAAAGAUAUUGUACAUUGGCUCAAUACUUCAUCAGGAAUGAAGCCUGAACGUAGUCUUCAAAACAAUGGAUUACUAAAUACCCUUAGCCAGCACUACUUUCUGUUUUUUGGUACUCUCUCUUGUCACCCUCAUGGAGUGAAAAUGCUUGAAAAAUGUAAUGUGUUUCAGUGUCUUCUUAAUCUUUGUUCUCUGAAGAACCAGGAUCACUUGUUAAAAUUGACUGUUUCCAGUUUGGAUUACAGCAGAGACGGAUUAGCAAGAGUCAUCCUCUCCAAAAUCCUGACAGCAGCUACUGAUAGCUGCAGGUUGUAUGCAACGAAACACUUACGAGUGUUGCUGAGAGCGAAUGUAGAGUUCUUCAGCAACUGGGGGAUUGAGUUACUGGUGACCCAAUUACAUGAUAAAAAUAAAACUAUUUCUUCUGAGGCACUUGAUAUUUUAGAUGAAGCAUGUGAAGACAAGGCCAACCUUCAUGCCCUUAUCCAAAUGAAACCAGCUCUUUCUCAUCUGGGAGACAAGGGUUUGCUUCUACUCCUAAGAUUUUUGUCCAUCCCAAAGGGAUUUUCGUAUCUAAAUGAAAGAGGCUAUGUAACAAAACAAAUGGAAAAGUGGCAAAAGGAAUAUAACUUAAAGUAUGUUGAACUGAUAGAAGAACAACUUAAUGAAGCACUUACAACGUACCGCAAACCUGUUGAUGGGGAUAACUAUGUUCGUCGGAGCAACCAAAGAUUACAGCGACCACAUGUCUACCUGCCAGUUCACCUUUAUGGCCAACUGGUGCACCAUAAAACAGGCUGCCAUUUAUUGGAGUCUCAGAGUAUUGUUACAGAUCUAAGUUACACUGUUCGUUCCCCAAUGUUGGAUAAGUGGGAAGGAAUUAAGCAGCUGAAAGCAGCCCUUUGGGCCUUGGGCAAUAUUGGAUCAUCAAAUUGGGGCCUUAACUUGCUUCAGGAGGAGAAUGUAAUUCCUGAUAUAAUGGCACUUGCGCAACACUGUGAAGUUCUCUCUGUUAGAGGAACCUGUGUCUACGUGCUUGGUCUAAUAGCCAAAACUAAACAAGGAUGUGACAUUCUGAAGCAUCAGAACUGGGAUGCAGUCAGACACAGUCGUAGACAGCCUUGGCCAGUGGUCCCUGAUGACAUGGAACAGCUCUGCAAUGAACUUUCUUCUAUACCCAGCACACUUAGCUUGAACUCUGAGUCCACCAGUUCUAGACAUAACAGUGAAAGCGAAUCUGCUCCUUCAAGUAUGUUCAUCAUGGAGGAUGACCGCUUUGGCAGUACUUCCACUAGUACAUUCUUCUUAGAUAUUACUGAAGAUGCAGAACAAAUAUUUUAUGACAGACCUGGGCCUUCAAAGGACAAAGACCGUAGCCCCUUUCCUUUUUUUAGUUCUAGUAGGCUUGUGAAAAACCGCAUUCUAAACUCUCUUACUCUACCUAAUAAAAAACACAGAAGUAGCAGUGAUCCAAAAGGAGGGAAAUUGACAUCAUCUGACAGUAAAUCAGGUCUGAGACGAAACCGUACAGUAACAGAACCUUCUGGUAGUAUAGACUUUCCUGCUGGGGAGGAUUUCAACCCUGUUUUCAAAGUUCCUAAAAUCCAGACAUUGCGAUUAGAAACGUCCUUUGUUGGAAGUAAGCAUAUGGAAGAUACUGAUAGUACCCCAAGUAUUGGGGAAAAUGAUAUGAAGCUGCCAAAAGGUCUUGGAAAUGAAAUUCACCGGGAAAACACAAGCAGAGAAAGGCUAAUAGGAGAUGGUACUACACAAACACAUUUCAAGAGUCGUAGUUUAAGUUUUAAUACAGAUACUACAACAAGUGGCAUAAGCUCCAUGAGCUCUAGCCCUUCAAGGGAGACGGUAGGUGUGGACACUACAAAUGUAGAUACUGACUGUGGAAGUUUGAGCACUGUGGUAAGCACAAAAACAGUUAAACCAAGUCACUGUUCAACACCACAGUCUAACCACCUGCCUCUCUCAAAAUCCAACUCUGUGUCCCUGGUACCACCAGGGUCUUCUCAUACACUUCCCCGGAGAGCUCAGUCUCUUAAAGCUCCUUCUCUUGCUACGAUAAAAAGUCUUGCUGACUAUAACUUCAGCUACACAAGUUCUCGAGAUGCCUUUGGCUAUGCUACACUAAAACGCUUGCAACAGCAGAGGAUGCAUCCUUCACUGUCUCAUUCAGAAGCCCUUGCAUCUCCAGCAAAGGAUGUGCUGUUUACUGACACUAUUACCAUGAAGUCUGGCAGCCUGGAUUCUCGGCUAACCCCAAGCCGAUUCAUGAAAGCUUUAAGUUAUGCUUCAUUAGAUAAAGAAGACUUACUAAGCCCUAUUAACCAAAACACACUUCAGCGAUCAUCCUCUGUUCGUUCCAUGGUUUCUAAUGCUACAUAUGGUAGCUCUGAUGAUUACAUUGGCCUUGCUCUCCCCGUGGAUAUCAAUGAAAUAUUUCAGGUAAAGGAAACUCCAUAUUUCCAGAAGAAAACCACACCUCCAUUUGAUGACCAUGGAGCUAGGGUCUUUGCACCUGAUGCAGGAGGUCUUCCAUCAGGUACAAGUGAUGUCAAAAGCCCUUUUCAGAUGCUUCGGCAGCAGAUCAGUCUCACAGAAAUCAUGAAUACCAGCCGUUCAGAUGCCUCUCAGUUCUUAGAAAAUACAGAGGAUACAGGGCUACAGGAGCACACAGAUGAGAACUGCCUUUACUGUGUCUGCACUCAGAUAUUAGGGUAUCAGCCUAACAACAAAGUUAACUCAUCAUAUAGCCGUACAGACUUUUCAGACAUUCCAUAUACUGACUGGUGUGGGCAGACCAUACACAAUCACUUAGAUGUGCAUUCCUCCAAAUUUUCUGGAAUUUCAGGCUGUAGUGAUGCAGUGUCCCAUGGUUCAGCUAGCAGCACCAAGAGUACAGAGCUUGUGCUAGGAGUAAAAUCAAUUCCCGAUGACACACCAGUGUGCAGAAUUCUUCUGCGGAAAGAAGUCUUACGUUUAGUGAUCAAUUUGAGUAGUUCAGUAGGAACCAAGGGCCAUGAAACUGGACUCCUGACAAUUAAGGAGAAGUAUCCCCAGGCAUUUGAUGACAUAUGCCUUUAUUCUGAGGUGUCCUACUUAUUAGCACAUUGUACAUUUCGACUUCCAUCUCGAAGGUUCAUUCAGGAACUGUUUCAAGAUGUGCAGUUCUUACAAAUGCAUGAAGAAGCAGAGGCCAUUUUAGCGACACCAACAAAACAACAGGCAGUAGUUGAUACCUCAGUAGAAUCCUGACCUCUGUCUCGUGCGGUGCAUUGCAUAUAGACUUCUGAAAUCCUCACACAACCUCCUCCAACCUACUGGAUAAAAAGCUUUGGAGCAUCAUAUUCUAAACUGUUCCAGAAGCUAUUGGUACCUGAAGACUGAACUGAAAACUUUUUCUUCCUCAACCAAUUACUGUCCUAGUCUUCUGAGCCCUUUGGGGAGUUAUUAAACAUUACCAUAGUUUUAAUAAUAGUAAUUACCAGUAUAUGCAAGAGCCGAGCACUGAACACCUCCACGAGUUUUCAUUUCAUUUUCUACCAUAAAUUAAAAAGAAAAAACAAACAAAUGGACAACAUGCAGAGACAUCUUUUUUGGUUGACUUCUGAUCCUGUUCCAGAGAAGCAGAACGAUGCCUUGCUUUUUAAACUCUGGAUACCAGGAAUCAGACAGAUGAGGGUGCAUUCCAUUGCCAGCAAUGGGGAGCCAUGCUGUAAUUGUGAGCACCAGGGGAUAUAUGUUAGACCUUCUCUGUUGGUUUUUGUACUGUUUAUAACACUACUUAGGGGUUUGUAACUUCAGACAGAAAGAAAAGCCUCUGUGAAUCUGAGGUUUCCUUUAAGUUAUUUUAAUAUUGCUGUAGCUGUAAGUCAUUGUAUUAGCAGUCUCUCCAAUUUCAUUACAUUUACGUACAUGUAUCUUAUCUGAACCAGUUAAGGAUUUUCACUACAGUUUGAUUUUUUAAAAUAACAAAUAAUUGAAACUGAAAGUGCUGAAAUCAGAUUGUUUUCCCUGAAUGAUAUGCAUGUGUUUGCAGUUUCUACACUCAUGCUCAUAUAGUAUGAAUGCUGGUCGUAUUUUUGGCUAAAAUCCUCUGAAAAGCAUGAUUUAUAUCAGAUAAAUGCAUAUUGUAUAAACUCAAUUUGAGGACACUUAGUCACUGCUGCUUUUGUGAGAAGACAUGAGUGUUUUCCAAGUGCCAUGGAAACAGCCUUUUAUCAAAGCAAAGGUUCAUUUGAAUUUUCAGUGGGUGAGUGAUCAAGCAUCAGAUUAAUAUUAAUAAUUGUAGUGAAAAGCCUUAAGUACCAAAUCUUGGAGCAGCAGUACCUGUAAUAUUUUAUUGCAAAAUUCAAAGAAUUCAAUGGCUGUUAAUGACUGAAAUAGUUUCCUCUAUCACAUAGUGAGGUUUCUAAAUGAGUGAGUGCAAGCUUAACAAAAAAAAAAAAAACAAAAACAAACAAACAAAAAAAAACCAAACAAAAAAACACAACAAAAAAAAAAACCCACACAAAAAAAAACCCCAAACCCAACCCUGUCACUUUUAUCAUGAAUCUAAAGAUUUGGUAGCCUUUAUACGAAGGUAAUAUAAAUAUAUGCAAAUGUGUAUAUACAGUAGCAUGGCCACCUUUGUUAGGAUGCCUGUAAUAGAGGGGAUUACUUUUUUUGUUUUGAUAUAGGCAAAUAGUUCAGCUGGACUGUACCAAGUAGAACAUAUUUUUUUUUCAUUCACUUCUACCAUUUUCUACAAUCAUCAGAUUAACACUUAAGAUAAGUAAAAUUCGUCGUGAUGCUCGGAACCCUGUUCUUACUAGCUGUGCUGCUGGAGAGUUCAAUAAGUAGUCCUGUGAACAGAAAAACACCAUUCCUAGUGAAAUGUAAGAUCUAUUUGCUCUUAUUGGAAAUUUCAUCUUGUCACAUAAACACAGCUUUGCAGCUUUCACUUCACUGAGUUCUUUAGUGCACUGUGUACCACUAUGUUCUGGUAAAGCAGAGUGUCAGUUGCUGCUUAUAGUCAUACUUAAUUCCUAAGAUCUUUUUGUGAGUUCCCACUGAAAGAAGGAGCAAAAAGAAACUGAUCCAACUCUUCUGUAUACAGUGAUGCAAAUAAUAUACCUGUGUGUCAAGGCGCGUUUGAAAUGCUCUGAAAACAUACCACAAUAGUAACUAUUGGACUUCUCUAUGGUCAUAAGAAACAAAUGCUUCUGUAAAACCAAAAUGUCAAUCACAGUAGACCAAAUAGUGGUAUAAACUCCAAAGGAAAUGUAGUUUUCCCAAAAAUGGGGAUAGCAUAUCUUCAUACAGUAGUUUUGAACACUACCUCAGUUAGGCUAGAGUGUAGGAGAUUUGUUUUAAUAACUAGAUGGGGUUACAUCAAACAACUCCAUGUUAUUUUUCUGCAGUUAAAGCAAAAUAAACAAAUUUUAUCUCCUAUAUUUAAAAAAACCACCUGUUUCAUUUGUUACCAGUUUAACCCAUAGCAUUUAAAGUAGAAAGGAUGGCCUUUGAUUAUAAGAAGGUAAGCAAAACUGAUGUCAAUAUCUUUUUGAAAGAAUCUCCAUGCUGAAAUGCUUUUUUGUUCUCAAGUACUCGCUUCUGUGGGGAUCUGUAACAACAGAAACUUGACGUACAAAUCAUGGCUGCAAACUCAGUUGUAAAACAUUAAGAUCGUGGUUUUUUUGUUCCUGAAAGUGUAUGAGUGUCAGUAGAUUUCAACAAGUGUGCAUCAAGGAUGUAGAGUCUGUACUGUACAUAACAUGCAACAUUUCUAGAAAUAAUUUGCAUAUUUACAUUAAGCUCACAUUAAUGUUUCAUUUUAAUUGGCAAAUGAAGGGAUACUGUUAUUGAAGGAGUUUGAUAUUGGCCUAAUUAUAAACUGUGAAUUUCUGAUUCUAUGGAUUUCUCUUUUUGAAUGUCCCUUUCAAAGUUCUUGUUGUAGGAGUUUAUUUGCUUCAUGAUAAUACUUUGAAAGAAAAACCAGUAAAUAAAAAUUGUGCUUGUGUUAACCCUAAUAAAGAAUCCUUCCACUUCUCCUGGAAAGGUUUGCAAGGGAAGCUGACAGACCACUUGCUUUGUGUUUUUCCAGUCUGAGCAACUGGUGCUACUGUCGAAAAACAGUAAAGCGCCUGGUGUUCACUGGCACUAUGUAUGAUACAGUCUGGCUGCUGUGGCAGAGAACACUCUGAAUGAUUUGCAGUGUCAGCACAGAGUGGUCUGCCCUGAAGCAACAGCCUGUAUGGGAAGGAGAGGCUGACUGUGAAACCACUCGGGUUUAGUCUACUAAAUUAUCUGGGUAGUCUGCUUAUACGGUCAGUGGAAAGGGAUAACCCUUUCUGAGGCGCAGAGUGCUAGGGGCUGAGGGACUAUUUCUUUCUCUCCCAUGAGUGGGGAGGAGGACAAAGCUGGAUGCUGCGAGUGUCCUUUUGGGGAGAGAGACACUUUUUCAGCCCUUUGAAAUCUGGAGGUGCUGAAUGCCCCCAGCUGUCACUGGACCUGGAGAUGGUCGGCCUGUGGGGUGCCUGACUUGUUAUGGGGGGCCCUUGGCAUGUCCUGUUUUAAACAGUUGCUUUUCCUCAUCUUACAGUUCUUGUUUGACCUGACAUGCAUACCAUAAAUGUGCCAGGUUUUCAUGGUGUUUCCCGAGACACAAUGAAGCGCUCUAGUGUUCGGUAUUUUAGGGCGCAGUAGCUUGGCACGCUGAGGUAAGCUGCCCACGUAAGGCUUUAAAAAGGCAGCAGUGAGAAUUCUGCUUGUCUUUUUGGUAUUUUGUCUUGGGACAUAGGCAGUGGUCUCAAAUGAAACUUGUACUUUGAAGUGAGAGACUGAAAAAACCUAGAGCACCUUUACUAGGCGCCGGAAGAGAGAGGUAACUGUUCAAGCAGCAGGUAACAAUCAAAGAAAGCCUAGUGGGAGAUGAAAGAGUUGUUGCUGCUGCUUAAUCUGUGUCCUGGCCUUGGCACUUGGCUGCUUCAGCUGCAGGAAGCUGGCACUACCUUGUAAGAAAAUGAGGGUCACGGUGGAGGAAUUCUUUCCAGGCUUUGGAGUGUCUCCCAGGUUUCUGCUUGCUUCCCAGCAGGGCUGCACAGAAGUCCCGUUACUCAGAGUUUCCCUGGAGCCUGUUAAAAGCAGCUCACGUAGCGUCUUUUUUUCAGUCGCACCUCUGUGAUCACGUCCAUAUGAAAGGUAUACUAGGUGAGGGUAAAAUCUUCCCUUUAGGAACAUGCUAGAAACCCUGCUUAUAUCUCACUAGAAGCCUUCCCCCUCUCCUUGGGUUUUUUUUAACUCCAGAUUCUAGUUCCCUGGAUAGUUUUCUUUUUAACAGAUGCGUAUGUUCAGUAAAAAAUGCUGAUUUUCUUUGAACUGUUUUUGUAACAUAGAUGGACAGCAGUGCCACAGCAGGCAGAAAUUGCACAUUUUGCUUGAGUUGCUUUCUAAAAUACACUAUUUAUUUUGAGAAAUGUAACAUGCCAAAAAGUGUAACUUGCCAUUUUGCAACUGAAUAGGGCAUUUUAGCAGAAGAUGCAGUGUCAUGGGAGGGAGGUGGAGGAGGGGGUGGUGGGGCAGAUGUCUCCUAGAUUUAACUGAACAAUAGUUCCAACAGUGGGCUGUCAGCAUCCCUAAAACUGCAUUACAAGAGAUUAUCUAAACUAGUAAUUUUGAGGAGAGAGGGGAUCAAUGAAAACCAAGACUUACUCUCCCUGUCCUAUGUGGUUCUUUUUUUAUUCAGUAACACGCUGCUACAUAUUUGGAGGUUGUGUUUGUAGGUCACUGAACAGACAUUGAAAUCUGAUUUAUAUUGUAUACCUGUAACAUAGAAAGAAAAAGUAUUUAUAUAUUUUCUGUAAGAAUAUUGCAUUGAACUGUGUAUAAUUUAAAUAGAGGCUUGUCCCAAAAUUGUAUUGCCCACCUUGUUUUGUGUGUUUUUUCUUUUUAUUGUAUAGUGUGUACAGUUCAUGUCAAUGGGCAUUAAAAGCCUCCUGAAGCGUAAUCUUAUCAAAGGGAUGCAUUGUUAAUAAAAUGUACUUAAACUUCUACAA